AUGACACGCAUAUUUAUCACCGGCUCAAGCGACGGAAUUGGUCAAGCCGCAGCCAAACUCCUCGCAGACCAAGGCCACUCAGUCGUUCUCCACGCCAGAAACGCCGAUCGAGCAGCCUCAACCCACCAAGCCGUCCCCAAGGCCGAGGCGGUACUAGUCGGCGACCUGCGCUCAAUCUCAGAGAUCAAGAAAUUAGCCGCAGAAGCUAACACCAGUGGUCCCUUCGAUACAAUCAUCCACAAUGCUGGCAUCGGCUACGGUGCGACGUCGAGUCGAGAAAUGACUGCCGAUAAAAUAUCCGCCGUUUUCUCCGUGAACACUCUUGCGCCAUACAUUCUUACCUGUCUGAUGGAUCGGCCUACAUCACGUUUACUUUAUAUGAGUUCAGAUAGUCACUACGGCGGGGACGAGUCUCUGCGAAACGUGACACAGUCCACUUCGUAUGGGGAUAGCAAGUUGCAUGAUAUUAUGCUGGCCAAUGCCUUUUCGCGCCGCUGGAGUGAUAGUAUUCAGGUCCUGAGUAUGCAUCCGGGUUGGGUGAGGACGAAGAUGGGAGGCUCGAUGGCUCCUGGUGGAAUGGGGACGCCCGCUAAGGCCCUGGCAGAGUGGGCUGUCGGUCAAGGUAAAUUGGCGAGCGUUCCAAGUGGGGCCUUUGUCACGACCAGUGGCCCAGACUCGACGCAUCCUGGAGCUGGUAAUGUGUCUAAGCAAGAAGAAUUAUUGAAGAUCUGUCAAGAGGUAUCUGGAGUAUCUAUUCCAGAGUAG